UGCAUUUACCACAUCCUGGAGGUCGGUGUUCUUCUCCUGAAGUCCCUCCCCAUCCUGCCUUGGGCUAGGCGACCGGCCCCAGCACCGGCCCCAGCACAGCCCAGCACAGCCGCAGUCCAAUGGACUGAGGACAAAAGAAAGCUGCUACUUUCUCAUCUACCUUCCAUCUGGUGGACCUGGGCCUAAUCCCUGGGACAAGGGUGAUGGGUGCAAAAGCCGUCACGGGCCCCAGCACCUCCCUCCGCCUGACACAGCAACGCAGUGGAGUCAGCAGUGUCAUGGUAAAUCCUCCCUUCUAUCAGGUGACCUGCUGUGGGCCUGUUCCCUGUACCUGCUGCUGCCAUUCUAGGUGGCCUCUUCUCACAGAGUCUACUUCUAGCCGCCUGUUCUACAUCCUCCUCCAUGUAGGGGCCUCAGCAGUCUGCUGCCUCCUGCUGUCAAGGACAGUAGUAGAAAGGGUCUGGGGCAAGGCACAUGGGAUCCAGAUGCCCUCAGAGUUGUGUGCCCAUCUGUUUGGCCACUCUCACUGCCCAGUGCUCAGUGGCUCUGGGGCUGUGUACCGAGUAUGUGCAGGAACUGCCACCUUCCACCUGCUGCAGGCUGUGCUGCUGGUCCACCUCGAAUCCCCUACCAGCCCGCGGGCACAGCUGCAUAAUAGCUUCUGGGUCCUCAAGCUGCUGUUCCUGCUAGCUCUCUGUGCUGUUGCCUUCUGCAUCCCUGAUGAGCAUCUCUUCCCAGCCUGGCAUUACAUUGGCAUCUGUGGAGGCUUCACAUUCAUCCUGCUGCAGUUGGUGCUUAUCACAGCCUUUGCCCAUUCCUGGAACAAGAACUGGCAGAUGGGUGCAGCCCAAGACUGCCGAUGGUUCCUAGCUGUGCUGCUGGCCACCCUAGGAUUCUACAGCAUGGCAGGUGUGACAGCUGUGCUCCUGUUCCGCCACUACACACACCCAGCUGGCUGCCUGCUCAACAAGAUGCUACUUAGUCUGCACCUUUGUUUCUGUGGCCUCCUCUCCUUCCUCUCCAUCGCUCCCUGCAUCCGCCUCAAGCAACCCCGCUCUGGCCUUCUACAAGCCUCUGUCAUCAGCUGCUAUAUCAUGUACCUGACCUUCUCUGCGCUAUCCAGCCGUCCUCCAGAGAGUGUAAUCCUUCAAGGACAGAAUCACACCCUGUGCCUGCCUGGCCUGAGUAAAAUGGAACCCCAAACACCAGAUACUUCUGUAGCAGUACUGAGUGCUGGCAUCAUGUAUACUUGUGUGCUUCUUGCCUGUGUUGAGGCUUCCUACCUGGCUGAGGUAUUUGGGCCCUUGUGGAUUGUCAAGGUUUACAGCUAUGAGUUCCAGAAGCCCUCACUCUGUUUCUGCUGCCCCAAAAUAGUGGUGCCAGAGGAAGGGCAAAGGGGUGGGGCCGCCAAGCCAGCUGACCAAGAGACCUCUACAGCUCCUCCUGUGCAAGCCCAGCAUCUUUCCUACAGCUAUUCUGCCUUCCACUUCGUCUUGUUCCUUGCAUCACUCUAUGUCAUGGUUACCCUUACCAGCUGGUUCAGCUAUGAGGGAGCAGAACUGGAAAAGACGUUCACCACAGGUAGCUGGGCUACCUUCUGGGUCAAGGUUGCCUCCUGCUGGGCCUGUGUACUCCUCUAUCUGGGGCUGCUCCUGGCACCACUCUGUCAGUCCCCCACCCAGGAUCCCCAGCCUCCUCCUAUCUUCAAGAGACAGUGCCAUCGCAUCAGUAUCGCCAGAUAA